GAGGUCGGCAAAAAGCAGCCUGCCCUUGAUGUUCUCUAUGAUGUUAUGAAAAGUAAGAAACACCGAACAUGGCAGAAGAUCCACGAGCCGAUCAUGCUGAAGUACCUGGAGCUCUGCGUGGAUCUCCGCAAGAGUCACCUGGCAAAAGAAGGGCUGUACCAGUACAAGAAUAUCUGCCAGCAGGUGAACAUCAAAUCUUUGGAGGAUGUUGUUCGAGCCUAUUUAAAAUUAGCUGAAGAAAAAACAGAAGCAGCUAAGGAAGAAUCCCAGCAGAUGGUACUGGACAUUGAAGACUUAGAUAAUAUUCAAACACCAGAAAGUGUUCUUUUGAGUGCUGUAAGUGGAGAAGACACUCAGGACCGUACUGACCGACUGCUCUUGACACCCUGGGUUAAAUUUCUGUGGGAGUCAUACAGACAGUGUUUGGACCUUCUCAGAAAUAACUCUCGAGUGGAACGGCUCUACCAUGACAUUGCACAGCAAGCUUUUAAGUUCUGCCUGCAGUACACGCGGAAGGCCGAGUUCCGUAAGCUCUGCGACAACCUGCGGAUGCACUUGGGGCAGAUCCAGCGUCACCACAACCAAAGCACAGCCAUCAACCUCAACAACCCUGACAGCCAGUCCAUGCACCUGGAGACCAGGCUCGUGCAGCUCGACAGUGCCAUCAGCAUGGAGCUGUGGCAGGAAGCUUUCAAAGCAGUGGAGGAUAUCCACGGGCUAUUUGCACUGUCUAAGAAACCACCCAAACCACAACUGAUGGCAAAUUAUUAUCACAAAGUUUCAACUGUCUUCUGGAAGUCAGGAAAUGCUCUUUUUCAUGCGUCCACACUUCACCGACUUUACCACUUAUCGAGGGAAAUGAGAAAGAAUCUCACACAAGAGGAGAUGCAGAGGAUGUCUACCCGAGUCCUUCUGGCCACUCUGUCAAUCCCUAUAACUCCUGAGAGAACGGACAUUGCUCGCCUCCUGGACAUGGACGGCAUCAUCGUGGAGAAGCAGCGGCGUCUGGCAACCCUCCUGGGCCUCCAGGCCCCACCUACACGUGGCAGCCUCAUUAAUGAUAUGGUAAGGUUCAACGUGGUGCAAUAUGUUGUUCCAGAAGUGAAAGAACUUUACAAUUGGCUUGAAGUCGACUUUCACCCACUCAAGUUAUGUAGCCGGGUCAGCAAGGUUCUGAACUGGGUGAAAGACCAAGCUGAAAAAGAACCUGAACUGCAGCUGUAUGUUCCUCACCUGCAAAACAACACCAUUCUUCGCCUUCUGCAGCAGGUGGCUCAGAUUUAUCAAAGCAUUGAAUUUUCUCGUCUGUCUACCCUGGUUCCUUUUGUUGAUGCUUUCCAGCUGGAACGCUGCAUUGUUGAUGCAGCCAGACACUGCGACUUACAGGUUCGCCUUGAUCAUACUACCCGGACACUGAGUUUUGGCUCAGAUUUGAAUUACAGUACUAGAGAGGAUGCUCCACUAGGCCCUCAGCUACAAAGCAUGCCCUCUGAGCAAAUCAGAAAUCAAUUGACUGCCAUGUCCUCAGCUCUGGCUAAGGCUCUGGCCGUCAUUAAGCCUCCUCACUUACUG